AGUUCCUUCACGACAAUAUGGACUUUCAAACUUGCUAUGUAUAUAACCCGUCUGCUCGUAACAAGAGCAGGCCGGUGAAAAAACGCCGAAUUGAGCCUCUACAAGGUCUUCAAACUUCUUGGCCUCUUCGUCGCUCCCUGUACCAACGACUGUGGGCCAAACAGCAGGCACGAUUGAAGAUCACUACCUUUGUCGAGACUACUGAUCCUCAACCAGCACCUGGCAGAGUAUCUUCGGCAAUCAUUCUUACAGGUCCGAGCAUUGCAUCUCACGCUCUGCUCUUCUCUCAACUAUCGAGCAGUAUUGGCCAAGCCGACGGAAGUAUCUUUGUUCCCUUGACCUCUACAUUGGCUCCGAAUCUCAAGACUUUACUCAAAAACCUCAUCUCCAAAGGAACUUCUUCUGACGCUCAAUCUGACGACGAAGAUGAGGUUGACGCCGUUAAGCCGGCUCGCAAACGCACACGUCUGUUAAACUACGAUCUCCAACUACUGUACGACUAUGCUCAGGAGAAAGGCUUGUCUAGAGUAGUCGUUGCCUUCCAGGACUGCGAAGCCUUCGAUGGCGCUCUCUUGUCGGAUGCAAUCGAGCUGUUGACGAUACCCUUUGUCUUCUUCUUUGGUGUCGCUACAUCCAUCGAGAACUUUUCCGCCAAAUUGUCCAAGAAGGCUACUCGCUGCAUCCAAGGUCAACGCUUCGACGUAGUCAAGGCAGAAAGUGCUCUCGAACAAAUUACUGACGCGCUGUAUUCUUCCUCCGACACGAACACACCUAGUCUUUGGAUAGGCCCUGGAAUUUGUUCUGCCACGCUAAGGCGUCAACGAGAGCAUAUUCAGAGUCUCGAUGCUUUCAUGGAUAGUGUUCAANNACACGUGGAAUUACUGCUCGAAGACGGCGAAGCCUCAAAAUCCAAACGCUUGUUAGACAGUGACGAUUACCUCCUGGACUAUGUCAAAGAACAAAUCAUGGCUGGUCAUCAAGCUUUGGAGAUCAUUCUGAGCACAGUGAACACAAUCACGGCACUACAGAAACACAUCCCUGCCUUACAACAACAGCUCAAGUCGACUCUACUGGUCGAUGCUCUAGCUGGUCAACUCAGGGACUCCAAUAUUGAGAGAAACAUGCUCAUGUAUCUCAAAAAGUCGAAUUCGGAAACUCUGUUACUGACCCUACAGCACAUACUACCAACCACAUCUGGAGACCUGCAAAAGACAUGUGCAAAGCUGCUGAAAGAACUCGAAAAGCUCCAAGCCCAGCANAAAGACGGAGCAGCUCUGCGCAGCGAACAAGAUCUCCACAACGCGACUUUGAGAACAACCGUGGUUGCCAAGAAAGUGGAACUGAGCAAGCAAAAGUCUACACUUACCAAGGGUGAUGCUGCCUACUCUGACAUCCUGCAACGCUUUGUCGAAGCUCUGGAAACGCACUUUGAUGCAGCACUCAUUGAUCCAAAAGACUUGGUCUUCAACGAGGUCUUUGUGUAUGAUCUCAAGUCGCCGCAUCGCGAUGUGUUUACGCCUAAACCAAGGGCUGCUAUUGAGCGUGCGUUGGCUUCUCCUCAUGACUAUCUGGACUGCGAGUGCUGUGCGCCGGAUGUAGGGACAGGAGAAGAGAAUACAUUGGCUUCUACCCAGCCGUCAACUGCCAUCCUGUAUCAAUUGUAUCUCGAGGGUGGAGCGUUGAUGAAUGUCGCGGAUCUGCGGACUGCAUUUGUGACGAUUCUGGGUGAUGAGCAGGAUGAGGUGCUGACAAAG